AUGUCAGUCGAAGCAAAAACGUUCACGAACAAAUCUAAUGGCGAAACAUUCACAAAAGGCACUUACAACGGUAUUGAAGUCUUACGUAGAGACAAGGAUGGUUAUAUAAAUGCAACAAAGAUGUGUCAGCAGUUUAGGAAAGACUUUAGAAGGUUGUUGGAAAAUAAGUCCUGGGAAGAGUAUUUUAAGGCAUUUUGUGAAGAAUAUACCAACCCGCGGAAAACAGCGGGUUGCUUUUUAUACAAAAUUCAUGCAGGAAUUUCUGAUGAAAUCAAACAGGUUAGAGGAAUGUAUGUAGACCCAAGACUCGUAAACUAUAUAGCAAUGUGGGCUUCUCCAAAAUAUUGUAUAGCAGUUGGAAAAAUUCUGGACUCCAUAGACAAGAAAGUUCAUGAGAAAUUAGAUGAAGAAGAACUUGAAGAUACAGUAAAGAAUGCUAAACCUUUGUUCGAACAAG